UUUAAACGUUGCAGUUGUAGCUGCUGUUUUUUUUUUUUACCAUGGUAGAAUCAGCUGCCCUUUAACGUGAGGAGUGGUUGGAAUAACCAGAGCUGAGACCAAAAGGGCCAUGGCUGAGAAUUUAACCACAGCACAAAGCUCAGAUGUGGAGGAUGAGCAGCCCUGUGGGAAAGGAGAGGACCGUCCCACAACACAGAGUGAAGAGAGCCACUUGAAGAGCACACUAGAAGACCUGGGGCUGGAGCAGUACUACACAGAGAAGCUGACGCUCAGCACAGUCCUCCAGAUUGAUGAGAGGAUUUUUGCUCAAGAAUCUGCUAAGUGUUAUUCAGAUCUUCCAUGGUGUUUUCUGAGGAAAUUAAUGAUGGUUAAUGGGACAGCUAGGAAUAUGAAAUGUACAACGUUGUGUGACUCAAACCAUGUGGCUUCCUCUGGGAGUGCAGCUUUUGAUCUUGAUGAACUGGUCAAGAAUUCAAAAUCAGGUGACAUGUUAAAUCCUUUAGACAUGAUCACUGCUCUGUUCCUGUGCUCUGAUGGUUUUGUACAGCAAGAAGUUGCACUGAAAAUGUCCAUGUGUCAGUUUUCAGUGCCUUUGCUGCUUCCUAAUAGUGACAAAAAUCAGUGCACACUCAUGCUCUGGGCCAUGAGAAAUAUUGUGAAGAAGUACAGACCUCAUUCACUUUCAGAAUCUAAGGGAUUCAUUGAAGAGAGAAUUGUUCUCUCUGAACUUCCAAUGGUGUCUUUUGUGAGACUGGGCGAAUGCUCCUUGUCCAAGUCAGAGAUUCUCAAUAAACUUCUGAGCAAUUCCCAACAAAAUAAUGACACCUUUAUUCACCGCAACAUGGAGUAUGGUGAUAGUCCAAGAAGAAUAUCAAAUGGAUUGGUUGAAAUAAGUUGGUAUCUCCCCUGUGGAAACAGAAAUAUUGAUGUUUUUGGUGAGCCACUAGCUGUAGCUAACCUUAGGGGUGACAUUGCUUCUUUUGAAACACAAUACUCUUUUUUGUGCCACACAUCUGCAGCAGUUUUUGUGUUCUUUGACAGUUUGGACCCUAAUAACAAACUACUGACUAACCACCUGAAGGCACCAAUAUUUUUGGUGGGUAACUAUCAGAGCAAGAGCUUCAGUGGUGAUGCCCUAAAAAAAGUAGCAACUAAGAUGAACUUGAAGAACAGGAACAUCAUUUUGAAGACCAGGGACAGAAAUGAUGCAGACUUUGUCAAACAACUACGAAACACAGUCAGGGAUGUAGUUGAGACUCCAAAAAUCAAGAUGCGACUGGAGGACAUGGCUAGUAUUGCCUGCAAGCUGAGAAUCUCAGUUGAUGAGGAUUCCCCAGAAUGUCAGAGAGCAAAGACAAAUGCAAAGGCCAUCACUGAAGAAAUACAAGACAUCCUGCAGUACAAAGAAGUCAACCUUCCCUCACAAGGCCAAAUCUGGAAAGAAUUGACUUGCUUAGAGAAGGAGGAAUGUAGACUUAAAAAAGGCGGGGCUGAAAACAUAGAGAAAUACAAAAGUGAUCUGAGACAAAAGAAAAAACAUCUUCGGGAACAACAGAACAGUUAUGUUAAGUCAAAUGCAAUGGGAAAUUUCAUAAAGGCAAUAUCAGCGCCAGGGAGAGAGAGGUUUUAUUUCCUGAAGUGGAUGAAAAUGAACCUUGAUAACCUGUGUCAAAAAAAGCUUUCAUCCCUCAGGGAGCAGUACAAAGAGAAAUGCCAGAAUUCUGAAAACAUAAAAGAAAUCAAAGACCUUGACAGGCAACUUUCCAACAACUCACUGGGCACCGAACACUUCUUACGUGAAAUGGGUCAGAUCUAUGAGGCUGCCAUCUCCCUUCCAGAGGCUGAAGCAUCACAUCAGCAAGUAAUCCAUCUGCCCAAAUUGUGCGCAGAAUUACUCCUUGAUGGAUUUCCCCUGGAGCUUGUAGAUGGAGAUGCGUCCAGCAUACCUCUGAGGUGGGUGAGUGAUAUUCUUCAUGAGCUGAAUGCCUUGGUGUGUCCAAAAAACAAGAUACUGGUGGUCACAGUUCUCGGAGUUCAAGGCACAGGAAAGUCCACUCUGCUUAACACCAUGUUUGGAGUGCAGUUUGCAGUCAGUAGUGGAAGGUGCACUAGAGGUGCUUUUAUGUUGCUCAUCAGAAUCAGUGAUGACUUCAAAAAAGUACUUAACUGUGACUUUAUGGUGAUCAUUGACACUGAGGGCCUGAAGUCACCAGAGCUUGCACAACUGGAUGAUAGCCAUGAGCAUGACAAUGAGCUUGCAACACUUGUAGUAGGGUUAAGUGAUAUCACCCUUAUCAACAUUGCAAUGGAGAACUCAACAGAAAUGAAGGACAUCCUACAAAUUGUAGUCCAUGCCUUUCUUAGGAUGAAAGAAGUAGGCAAAAAGCCCAAAUGUCAGUUUGUCCACCAGAACGUUUCAGAUGUGUCAGCCCAUGAGAACAACUCAAGGGACCGGAAACUACUUUUACAACAACUGAAUGAGAUGACCCAGGCAGCAGCUAAAAUGGAGAGAAAAGAGGAGAACAAGAACUUCAGUGAUGUGAUGGAGUACAACCCAGACACUGGAAACUGGUACAUCCCCGGACUUUGGAAUGGGAACCCACCAAUGGCACCAGUUAAUGCUGGAUACAGUGAGGCUGUUAAUGAGCUGAAGAAAAAGAUAAUUCAAAUUUUGAGAGACUGUCAGUCAUCUGCCAAUAAUAUAUUAGAGUUUACGGAGUGGACAAAAAGCCUUUGGAAUGCAGUAAAACAUGAGAACUUCAUCUUCAGCUUCAGAAAUAGUCUGGUGGCUGAUGUCUACACAAUGCUGUGCACAGAAUUCAACAAAUGGGAAUGGGAAUUCAAGAAGCAUAUGUACAAAUGGGUUACAGAUGCAGAAACAAGACUUUGUAACUUUGGAACAGUCGCUGAGAAAUCUGACACACCUGACAUUAUUGAGCUUCUCAGUCAUUUGAAAAGUGAAGCUCGCUCAGAGCUGCAUAAAGGGGAGACAGAUCUCCAUCAAAAUCUGAAUGAGUACUUCAAACGUACAGAGGGUCAUGUCCAUCUAGUAGAGGGAUACAGAGAGGACUUCUCAAACAGCGCAAAAAGCCUUCGACGAGAAAUAGAGAGUUCUGUACUUAAUCAGCUUGAAGCAGCAGCUGAAAUCAGACAGGGAAUGACAAAGCUUGAUAGACUCAAGGAGAGCCAUAAAAACAGGUUAGAAAAGGAAGUUCAUGCAUUGAUUGAGGAAUGCCGCAAAGAAAAAGCCCAGACAACAGACAAAGAACUGGACAGAGAAUUUGACAAGAUGUGGGAUAAAAUUGUCAAUGAAUUGUCCUUUACUGGAUUAAAGACCACUGAUAUCUUUGAUAAGGUUUCUAGCCAUCUAUGGACAAAUGUAACACGAAAGGGGAGUCAUGCCAGUGAAUUAGUCAGUGCAAAACAGCUGCAGGAUUGUGGAUUAAAGUGUUUUCAAUGCCCAGAUCAGGUAAAAGCCACACAAAGAAAGGCUGAGAACAUCAUAGCUGUGUGCACACAACUAAUCACUGAGAAAGUGCAAAAGAAAACCAAUUAUCAUGACAACUACAUCCUGGAGAUCCUUCAUGUGAUUGAUGACAGACUAAACAAUCAAGAUGUUAAGACAGAUACUGAGUUUGAAGUUUCCUUAAAACUGCACAUCUGUGGUGUGGCAGCCAGAGAGUUUCAGAAAAUGCAUGAAGAUUUCAUACAAAUGAAUGACCCUUACAGAUGUCUCUGUCAGCACAAGGAAAAGUAUCGUGCAGAUUUUAAAGAUCUGUUCCAUGAACGAGAUCAGUGCCAGAAGAAAGCAGAAGAAUUCACCAACCUCUGCUUGAGGCCUGCUGUGGAAACCUAUGUCAAUAAAUCCCUGGGUCCAGAUAUUGUAGAUGAAAUGCUGAAAAGCAACAGUUCAGUGCAGUUUAGCACACAGAUGUUUUUCCAGUACUCCAUUUUAGCAGAUUUACUAUCAAAGGACAAGUUUGAGGACUAUUUGAGGUACAUUUGCUCAUAUGAAGAAUAUGUAACAAAAUGGAUAUUGGACCAAAUUGUGAAACACUUGUCCAACGGGUCCACAAAGCUUGAGCUGGAGGAUCGGCGCCUUCAAGAAAGUAUCAAUAGUAUAAAAAAGGGUAUCAGAAUGGCCCAGAAGGAUGAGAAUGGCAACUUGAUGGAAUUUGUUGAAGAUUUCUGCAAGGAACUUGGUGAUAAACUUGUCAUUUCACAGGACGCUCUGGGAGCUUUCAAGAUCCUAAACAAUGCAAACAAGGAGCAGUUUGCUCAGUGGCUCAUCACAUGUGUGGAAGAAAUGGGACAAAGUCUGAGGGACACAUUUAAAGCAACAGACAUUCAAAAUAAACUCCAAGAGAUUCACAUCAAGCCACAGAAUGUACUUUUCACCAGAAUGUUUGGAUGUGGUAAACAGUGUCCAUUCUGCAAAGUACCUUGUGAGGCAGGAGGUAAAGACCAUAGUUUCCACUGGGCUUCAGCACAUCGGUCUGAGGGUCUUGGUGGAUUCAAGUUUUUUCGCUCAGGAAAUCUCUGCAUUGAUAUAUGUUCUUCUCUUGUGAUCAGUGAGGUAAACUUCCGCUGCCAUGCUGCAGAUCAUGAACGGCACCCUUAUAAGAAUUACACAGACAUUUUCCCCGAUUGGAAGAUACCUCCAGAUGGAAGUCUACAAGUAUCAGACUACUGGAAAUAUGUGAUGACAAAGUUCAACAAGAACUUUGCCCAGGAAUAUAAGGCAAAGCCUGCUGAUAUUCCUGAAGCAUGGGAGAACAUUUCAAAAGAGCAAGCAGAAAAAUGCCUCGAAGAGACAUUCUGUUUCAAGUGAGAGCCUCCCUUACAUGGCAUAAGAUGUCCUCCUCACUUGCUUUGACAAUUCUGAGAUACACAACUCAUUUUCAUAAAUAUUUUUUAUGCCAUUUUCUGUGAUAUGACAUACAAUAUGCAUUACAUUUAGGUGUAGCACAAAUAAGAUGACAAAGUAGAAUCCAUAUGGGAUAUUUUAUCGACGUGGCAUACAAUUAGAAUAUAGACAGUUGUUGCAAAUAGUUCUUGUGUAUACCUGUUUUUGACUGUCACUGCCACUGUUUGCAAAAAUCUUUGCGAAUCUGCAUUACCUGUGGGUGUAUGGAUGCAGUAUAGUGUUAAAUACCUUUUUAUGUGUAAUUCAGUGUACAUGACAAAUGUGCAAACAUAAUUUGAGCUUGCACCAGUGUUGUGGCUACUGUGGUUGAGAAAGUUUAUUAUAUUUUCUUUUUAUAGGUUGUAGCAAGCAAGUGAAAGCAGUAACACAGAAAACAGUGUGGUUCACAAUUUCAAAACAGCAUAGUGAAAAAGCAGGAUUUUUUUUUUUUUUUUUGCAGUAAUACAAUAUGAUUUAAGAUCUUUUUUAUACUCACAAACAGGUUUGAGAAUUUUUUAUGUUUUUGGUAUCUACUAUCUACUUUCAAAAGUGUAAAUGUACAAUUUCAAGGGUCUAUAUGUGCCUUAUUUUUUGAGAUUUUGUUCUGUUCAUUUGUAAUAAUUUCACUAAGAGCACAAUAAAUAAAGACAA